AUGGCGCUCUAUCCAAUUCUGAUUCUGUUAAUAGCUAGGUAUCUAUCCGCUGAAGACACUGUUGUCACUACAAAAUACGGCAAACUACGAGGCCAAAUUGUGAAGUCACAGAAUGGGUCGACGAUCUACCAGUUUCUCGGGGUUCCAUUUGCGAAGGCUCCGAUCGGGACGUUGAGAUUUGAGAAACCAGUAUUUCCGGAUGCUUGGAGCGAUACUCGAGAUGCAAUAAAAUUCGAGAAAACAUGUUUGGCCUGUAAAAAAAACUACAGUCCAAGUGGUGCAGAAGAUUGUUUGUACCUGAAUAUAUGGACUUCAUCCUAUGAGAAAAGCUCGAGCCCUGUGCUGGUCUAUAUUCAUGGCGGUUCAUACUACAUGGGCAGUGCCCAAUCAAUGAGACCAGAAGCUGGAGCAUUUUACGCCAGCCAAGGGAUUGUUGUUGUCAGCAUUGCAUACCGCCUCGGCCACUGGGGCUUCCUGACAUUAAAUGACACAACAAUAUCCCCGAAUCUCGGCCUUUGGGAUCAAAAUUUAGCGUUGCAAUGGGUAAAGGAAAAUAUUGGAGCCUUUGGAGGAAACAAUCAACGUGUAACGAUUUGGGGUGAUUCUGCUGGGGCAGCUUCUGUCAGCCAGCAUGCCUUAUCGAAGCACUCCACUGAGCUUUUCCAUCAAGCGAUCCAGCUGAGCGGCUCAGCUCAAGCUGCUUUUGCUCGAGGCACGAAUACUAUCGCUUCCAGCCGGGAACUCAUCCAAAAAGUUGGCUGCAAAACUGCUGAUGACAAGAAAAAAUGCCUUCAAGGCAAGAAAGUAGAUGAGUUUUUCAAUGUGGAUGGCCAAGAAUUAGAGCUCUGCAUAAUUCCUGCCCUUGCCUAUCCACAAUUUUCGCCAAUAUAUGAUGGUAUUUUCUUCGAGGAGGGAGCGAUCAGCCCAACAGAUCUCAAACCCACGAUUAUCGGGUUUGCCGAAAAAGAAGGACGAGCAUUUACUCUAAAUAACCCCUGGGCCCCGUGGGCACUUAAAGUGAAUGCCACAGCGCCAGAAUAUCAAAAGAGGGAAUUUAUGAAAUAUAUAAAGCAAUGGAUUACUGUUACGGGUUAUAACGCCGACGAAAAAGAGGCCGCGGAGAAGGAUAUCUUCAACUUUUACGCCAAAACCAAGAAUGCUACUGGGAAUCAGUUCUUUAUUGAACAGUAUGUUCGUACCUUUUCCGAUUUCAUGUUCAACAUUCCGGGCAUUCGCGAGGCGUUCACAAAACAGCAAGCAGGAGCCAACCUCUACGUAUUUUUGCUCGAGCACUUCAGACCCAAUUGGCCUAAAGAUUAUCCAGCACAGGGCUCCACCCAUUCCGAUCAAUACCCCUACACGAUACUCUGUAAUGAUAUCAAAUACACGGAAGAUGACCUCACGGUCAAGUGGCUGCUCCAAGAAGCUUUUGUGCAAUUUGUGAAAACAGGCAACCCGUCUACGGAUAUGAUGGAAUGGCUCGAAUUUGAUACCUACUUUUCAUACUUAAGCCUCAAACCCGAACCGGAAAUGGAGGCCGGUCUCUUCCUCGAAAGCUUCCGGUUUUGGUCCAAGAAAAUGGCGAAGUAUUCCUUCGACUUUAUCAGCCAGGAACCAUGGUUCAGUCCA